AUUCGUAGGUCACUUUUGUGUACGGUUUUGUGUGUAUAUAUAACGGUAAUUUCUCAUUGCUCGCUCUCGCUUCGAAAGCGUGCCUUGAUAACGUUGGCGACUGCCGCAGACGAGAAUUUUUGCUGUGAAAGUGCCCAUCAAGAAUUCCUGAAAACAUGGAUAAGGCGAGUUUGGAACAACUGAAUGCCUUCGUUCAGCUUUGUCAGGCCAACCCUACCAUCUUGUACUCUCCAAAGUUGACUUUCUACAAAGAGUGGUUGGAAAGCAUUGGAGCCAAGCUCCCCCCUGCUCCCGAACCACAAACUGGUCCAAGUGGAGACGGAACUCAGGAUGCUGCUGGCCAGUCGGAACCCGAAGCCGAACCAGAGAUGGAACAGGAACCAGAACCAAAGCCGGAGCCAAAACCUGAACCAGAGCCAAGUAGUAGUGAUGAGAGUGACAUUGAACUGGACAUGGAGGGUGUGAUCGAGGGGGACAACGACGAACCUCAGCACAUGGGAGAUGACUCCUUAGAGGUUACUGAGGAGAUGAUAGACGAGGCUACUGCCAAGAGGUCUGAAGCUAUGGCAGCUGUCUCUGAUGGGAACCUCGGGGAGGCUAUGAAGUUAUUCACUGAGGCUAUAGAGAAGAACCCUCACUCGGCGUUGCUAUACGCAAAGCGAGCAAGUGUGUUCAUCAAACAGCAGAAGCCCAACGCAGCAAUCCGAGACUGCGACAAGGCCAUCAAGCUGAACCCGGACUCUGCCCAGGGGUACAAGUGGAAGGGUAUCGGCCAUCGGUUGCUUGGACAGUGGGAGCUAGCCUGCAAGAAUCUUCAGGAUGCUUGCAAGCUGGACUUUGAUGAAGUGGCAAACGCCAUGCUGAAGGAGGUUGAGCCGAGGGCGAGAGCAAUCGCCGAGCACAAACGCAAGUAUGAGAGGAAACGUUCGGAGAAGGAGAUCAAGGAGAAACUGGAUCGCAUCAAGAAAGCCAAAGCAGCUCAGGAAAAAGCCAGAAAAGAAGAAGAAGAGCGCCAAAAGAACAGUGGAGGUUUCCCUGGUGGUUUCCCAGGUUUCCCCGGUGGAUUCCCGGGUGGAUUUCCGGGUGGCAUGGGUGGCGGGAUGCCUGGUGGAAUGGGUGGAAUGGGUGGCGGGAUGCCUGGAGGUAUGGGUGGAAUGGGUGGCGGCAUGCCUGGAGGUAUGCCCGGUGGCGCAGGGGGUAUGCCCGGUGGCGCAGGGGGCAUGCCUGGCAGUGCUGGGGGUAUGCCCGGCGGUGCAGGGGGCAUGCCGGGCGGAAUCAACAUGAAUGACCUUCAAGGACUCAUGAGUGAUCCAGAGAUAAUGGCAGCAUUCCAGGAUCCUGAAGUGAUGGCAGCAUUCAGUGAUGUCAGUCAGCAUCCAGAGAACAUUAAGAACUACCAGAGUAACCCCAAGAUUACUAGGCUCAUCGCUAAGAUGCAGGGCAAGUUUAGUGGAGCUCCCGGCUCGCCGCCAGCUGAUGGCGACGUAGACUAAAGACCACCUCCCCCGACCCUCUGUCGUCCUUUUGGGUAAGGAAGUCUUUGUUGGUUUCCGGGAGAAGAUUGGAUAGUCAUUGUGAUUAUGUAAAUCAGUCGGGGAGUUGUUUGGGUAGAAACACUGGAGAGGGUGUCGUUGUUUAAAUUAAGGGAUUUUACAUAUCUAGUAUGUUACAGAGGGGUAUCAGCAGACUACCAGGGGCCAAGUUCACAAAGAGCUAUGGCCCUUUUUGAAUUGACGGCUUCGACUUAAGAUUUGACUCAGGCUGGCUUGGCCCCGCAGUUGUCUUUACAAUUGCGCGUGCUUUGCAUAUAUGCGCCCAGGGUUUCAGACCAGAGAACGGAGCGUCAAACUGAAUCCAAAGCUGAAGCUGUGGUUUCGAAAAGGGCCUAUGAUUGAUCUUAACUGCAAAUCAAUUGUGA